UCUAACCACUAACCAUUGGAUCACUGCUAGGAAAUGACAUGCAUAAAGAAUAGCUCAAAAGGGAAGUACCAAUCAAGAGUUAGAAGUGUUUCGGAGGUCUCCGGUGUGACAGGUUGCUCAUCACACACGAAAGGAACAUCUCUGAAUCCAAACUGGUGAAGAAAGCCUUUGCCAUUCAUCCACAUACCAGAUUCAAUUUCUUCAUUGACUGGACUAGCAACCAGUGGGACCAAGUGCGUAGCACUGCAGGACGAGCGUGAGAGCUCACACAUCACACCAUGGCCCAAUAUGACCAACUGGAAGAUAAACAUUCGGUGGAUAUCCACGACAACCCCACAACCCCUGACAAUAUUGUAAAAGAGGAAGACAAUACUGUAUACUUCGUUUAUGAGGAGGAGGUGGAAGUAGAGGAGAAGGAGCCCGAGCCUGAGCCCGUUGUUAUAUUGGUGAAUGACAAACCACACAAGUUCAAGGACCACUACUGCAAGACGCCCAAGUUCUGUGACGUCUGUGCUCGUAUGAUCGUCCUCAACAACAAGUUUGCUCUAACGUGCAAAAACUGCAAGACCAACAUCCACCACUCGUGCCAGUCCUAUGUUGAGUAUCAGAAGUGCUUUGGCAAAAUUCCCCCAGGUUUCAGACGAGCAUACAGUUCCCCUCUAUACAGUAGUGACCAGACAGAUGCAGCCCACUCCAACCGUAACGACCCUGUGUUUGACACUCUGCGGGUUGGGGUUGUCAUGGCAAACAAGGAGCGCAAGAAGGGGUCUGAAGACAAGAAGAACAUGAUGAUGAUGAUGAUGGAGGAAGAGGAAUCACAACAACCCAAAGAAGACGAGCAGGCAGAAGGAAAGCCCGAGGGGGAUAAGAAGGGAGACAAGGCUGACAAAGCAGAUGACAAGAAAAAGAAGGAGAUGGGAAACAUGGGAAAUCAGUCCCAUUACUACCUGGCUCUGUACCGCUUCAAGGCCAUUGAGAAAGACGACCUUGACUUCCAUCCUGGUGAUCGAAUCACUAUAAUCGAUGACGCCAAUGAAGAAUGGUGGAGGGGGAAGAUUGGUGAGAAGACAGGUUACCUCCCCACCAAUUACAUCAUUAGAAUAAAAACUGGGGAGAGGGUGUUCAAGGUGACACGGUCCGUCGUGGGAAACAGAGAGAUGGGACAGAUCACUCUGAAAAAAGACCAGAUCGUGGUGAAGAAGGGAGAGGAGGUGAAUGGCUACCUGAAGGUCAGCACCGGCCGCAAGCUGGGCUUCUUCCCCGCCGACCUGCUCCAGGAGAUCUGAAUCUUACCGGAUCACAACCACAACCAUAGGACUUGGGUCACACCGUCACCAGGACCAUAAUCACACAAUUCAUCAAACCCUGUUCCAGUGAACACACGUGACCAGGAACAGCAUUUUUAUACUACCAAUCUAGCACCACUAUCAUUUUCCACCUGUAGGGGCCUAGGUCUGAUCUGGUGAGUCUGUAAGCUGUUUGAGGGCUGUAAAGGCUCAGAGGGGGCAAGGUUAUUGAGUGUAACCCAAUACUGCAGCCUCCCCAGCCUGUUGAACUGGGUCAGCUGGCCAUGCAAUCCGAGCUGGAUGGAGAAAUGUGUUAGGUCAGACCGGUACAUGUGUGUGGUGGGAAUUUAAAACGUUAACAUGUUUGUGUCAUUUUAAUGUGAUGAAAACUGGACAACCUUAAACUAGAUCUUCAGCAAGGUUCAAAAGGCAAUGGCUGUAACUACUGUAAGUAGCCAGGAUUUCGACAUAUUUUUUUGUUAUUCAUUCUAACAAAUUUAUAUUUUGGAGGCUAUUGCUUACUGUCACUGUAGUAGCUUUAUUUCCCCCUUGAUGUCCAUGUUAAAGGGAGCUUGUUAAAGUGCAUGUCGUUAUUUUUUUGCAUGGGCCCGUCUUUAAUAAUCAUUGCCAAAACAAUGUGCUGUGUAUUUGAGGAAUUUAUAUAGAGCAAUAGCCAAUGGUGACACACAGACCCACAUGCUUUUGCCAGACUAACGUAGGCCUAUCAUUGAUGCAAGAUUGUAACAUUACAGGCCUAUCAUUGAUGCAAGAUUGUAACAUUACAGACCUAUCAUUGAUGAAAGAUUGUAACAUUACAGGCCUAUUAUUAAUGCAAGAUUGUAACAUUACAGGCCUAUCAUUAAUGCAAGAUUGUAACAUUACAGGCCUAUCAUUAAUGCAAGAUUGUAACAUUACAGGCCUAUCAUUGAUGCAAGAUUGUAACAUUACAGGCCUAUCAUUGAUGCAAGAUUGUAACAUUACAGUACAGCCAUUUGUUAUUCAUGUUCUAUUGAAAUACCAACAGCCAAGUGCAGGCUUAUCCCAUGUAUUGUCUUUCUUGAUAUGCAUCCUUUCAAAACCUAUAUAACUCUGUGAUACCGUCAUCGUAAACUUGAAUGACUGACCAUUGUGUAAACAUGAAAUCAAUUCACAAUUAGAAAUAAUGUACUUUAUUUUUGUAGCAGUAUUUUGCAUUCGCUGAUAUGUGUGUGUCUACUAUAACUCAGGACUCAUAUGCCUAACCUAAACAGGUAGGCCUUAUCAGUUCAGCUUUUGUCUACAAAAUAGUCAUAACAGGUACUCAUCUUGAUCCAGUGAUGGGGACCAGAGCCAUAUAUUUGUUCUAAAUACAUGGCUCUGAUGUUGACAACUAGUGAUGUGCAGUUCGCAAACUAUAUUUAUUUAUGUCGUUAUGUUUGAACUACUCUUUUUUUCUGACUCGAGAAACUUUUUUUUUUGAGUGACUCGUUAAUUUUAGUCCUUCAUUUGACUUUCCUCUUCUUCUUCCUCAUCCCCUUCUUCUUCCUCUUCUUCUACUUCAUCAUGUCGUUCACACAUGUUGUUUUUGCAUGCCGCUACCUACCUAAAUUUGCACCAACAACUAACCCUACACUUAAUUGUAUAACACUAUUUUUUUAUCAUUACAAAAAAAUUUAGAAACUGUCCAACUAUGGAGAAUAUCCUAGCUCCAUAUAUGAAAUUAAGGAAAUGCGUAUAUGGAGCAUGUCUACUCCUUAUAUCUAAUAAAAUGUCAGAUAUCCAUG